AUUCGAGAGCGUCGAGACAACAAAAUAUCCUGUUUGAAUUGGCGCUCGUCGACAACCUGCACAUCACUGUUGGUCGCUGACGUCACCCCUCCCGCUGCGGCGUAUAUAUACUCAGUCGAUCGUCGCUGCUUGCUGCCAGAUUGGAACGACAAACGUCCAACAUGGCACACGGCAAUGGAAUCGCCGAGCUGUACAAGUCGGUUAUGGCCGAUGUUAUCGCCAAUAUGAAAGAAGCGUUUCUCGAUGAGAACAUCGACGUCGACGUUUUAUCUCAACUCAGGAAAGAAUGGGAGGAUAAAGUGAAUUCGAGUGGAUGUGUCGACUUGGAGAGCAAUGCACCACCACCGGCACCACGCCAACAGCAUCACGUACCGCCGAGUGCCGUUCGUCCGAAUCCGAUGCCUCCACAGAGACCCGUUGCUCAGCAGCCAGUGAGAGCUUUGUCGGCUCUUCACGCAGCACACAUUGGAGAUGCUCCGAUUCGAAUGGCGUACACUGGCCAGCCAACGCAACAUCCAUCUCAAGUUCGCAUGUUCAAUCCACAAUUUCAAGGUGGAAUUCACUUUCAACCGGGACAAGUGUUCGUUGUGCAGCAACCAAAUGGUCAGAAUAUUCCAAUGUCGAUUAUGCCGAAUCAGAUUCCACAGCAUCGAAUUAUUCAUCAAGGACAGCCACAACAGGCUCAGCAGCAGCAGCCUCAACAGGGCAAUCAACUUACCCAUAUGAAUCAAAUGGACGGAAAUGUGGGAUCCGAAUCAGACGGAGAAGGACCUAGUGGACCUGUAAAACUUGCUCCAAAAAAGACAAAGUGCUCAUUGAGAGUCCGUGGAAGUGGAGCAAGUGAGAAGAAAGCGAUGAAAGUCUUGGGAUCACUAUUGAAAGACUUUCAACUCGACGGAGGUGGCGGUGGAAUGUCUGAUUCUUCCAGUGAAGAUGAGCCUGACGAUGAUGAUGAUCCACUUCGAAGAAUCGCUGAUCGCAUGGGAAAUGGUGAAGUUGAAGAUGGAGAUCAAGUGGCAGAAGAGGAACCAUUGAAUUCUGAAGAUGAUCAAUCAGACGAUGAAGAUUUGACGAUGCUAUUCGAGGCGGACAAUGUUGUCAUGUGCCAGUUCGAGAAGGUGAAUCGUGCCCGUACCAAGUGGAAGUUCCAGCUCAAGGAUGGAAUUAUGCACAUCGACAAAAAGGAUUACUGCUUCCAGAAGUGUACCGGAGAAGCUGAAUGGUGAUUCGAUCACCGAUUUACAACAUCUUUAACAUUAUUAUCAUUAUUAUUUCCAAAUAAUUAUUCCCCCAUUCUCAUGUCCCCGCUAGUCCAGGAUCCAAUGAACAAUAUGCCUGAAGUGUAGUCUCAUGCACUGUGAUUUCCGCCCUUCCGCCCCGUUUUCAUCAAUUUUCCUUCAUCAUCAGUGAUUCCCGAUUCUUACAUCAUUUCUGUCUUAAAACUUCUUCCUUAAACCAAGGUCUGUAACAUUGAAUUUUACGAUAAUUCUCUUUGCAAUAUUCUCUAUUUGUUUGCCGUUUAUCUUUUUUUUAAAGUUCAUCAACUUCAUUCGUAGAAUUCAUCUAUAAAAUGUACCCCACCAAUUCCUCUCCAGUUUUAGUACUUAUUUAUGAAUGGAUGAAGUUUUCAGAUCUAU